CGGUUCGUGUGGUGUGACGCCGGGAGGUCAGAUUCGUUCUAUUAUUCUUUAUUUGGUUGAUUGCCCCUUUGAUUUUUUUAAAGGGAAGAUUUUUUUUCAUCUACCCUAUGCGUGAAGAAACCGGUUGAGGUGUUGAAAUUUGACGGCGGGUGGUUGCGGCUAUUGAUUGGUAUUUGAAAUAAUGGCCGCGCUUUACGCCUGCACCAAAUGCCACCAGCGGUAUCCGUUCGAAGACCUGUCUCAGGGCCAGCAGCUGUGUAAGGAGUGUCGCAUAGCACAUCCAGUCGUCAAGUGCACAUAUUGCAGAACUGAAUUCCAACAAGAAAGCAAAACCAACACAAUAUGCAAGAAAUGUGCACAGAAUGUGAAGCAGUUUGGAACACCCAAACCCUGUCAAUAUUGUAACAUCAUAGCAGCCUUCAUUGGCACCAAGUGUCAGCGUUGUACAAAUUCAGAAAAGAAAUAUGGGCCUCCACAGACUUGUGAGCAGUGCAAACAACAGUGUGCCUUUGAUCGAAAAGAUGAGAGUCGGCGAAAGGUAACGGAAGUUGAUGGGAAAUUGCUUUGUUGGCUUUGUACACUUUCCUAUAAGCGUGUUCUGCAGAAAACAAAAGAACAGAGAAAAAACUUGGGUUCGCACUCCUCAUCAUCUUCAGCUUCACUGCCUGAGAAAGACCUCUCAAAACAUCACCACAGUACUAAUCGUCACAAAAUCAGCAGCUUAAGUCCAGAGCAACAGCAUGGAGUAUGGAAAAUGAGCCAUAAGUCAUCAUCAACUAGUAUUCAAAAUGAAGCUCCAAAAAAGAAGCCAAAACUUGAAACAAAACCCUCUAAUGGAGACAGCUCACUGACCCAAUCAAUGGACUCUGGUGGGACAGACAACUUUGUUAUAAUCAAUCAAUUAAAAGAAGAAGUGAUGUCUCUGAAAAGGCUUUUGCAGCAGAAAGAACAGACCAUUUUGGAAAGAGAUAAAAAGCUGACUGAGCUGAAGGCAGAUUUUCAAUACCAGGAAAAUAACCUAAGAGCAAAAAUGAAUAAUAUGGAAAAAGCUCACAAGGAGGUGGUGGAACAGCUACAGGCCAAAAAUCGAGAAUUGUUGAAGCAAGUUGCAGCAUUGUCCAAGGGUAAAAAGAUGGAGAAAACCGGAAACAUCCUGCUGUCUCCUUGAAGAAUUCCUUGGCAGGUCCAUCAUGCAAGUGAGAGUAACAACUGCCACGUUUGUUGAAAUUUACUGUGAAGCCUUUAAAUAUUUUUGCACCCUAAUUUUUAAAGUAGUUAGAUUAAUCUUUUUUUAAUAUUUUAACCAGCAAUAAGAACCCGGUUUGUCUUGUGUAAACAGCACUAUUUGACAGGCCCAACACCGAAUCCAUUUUAUAAUCUUAAAUUUGAGGAUUUAAAAAGGGACUAGGAGGAAAAGUUAUAUUAAAAAAAACUUCAUAUUAUUACUUCCUGCAGAGAAACUAUUUUAAUGCAAAAAACACUAAAAAUAAGUUACAAAUGCAAUGGCUAUUUUUUGAUUUUACAAGAUUUCCUUUCUUUUACUUUAUAGAGGUCUGACAAAAUAUUUCUGCCGAUCAAGAUUGCUCUCAUCCAGAGUAUAAUUAAAUUGACAGAAACUAGAUACAAAAAAAAAGUUAUUAAUUGGCAGUUCAAAUGUAAAAUGUAUAUUUUGAUGUCUUUCGGGGUUAUUGGAAAUAAAUUUAAGCAGCUAUGCUAUAGGACUGUAUACUUCAUGCAGAUUUGAAUUAAUAUGUAAACUUGUAUGUUGAAAAUGAUUAUCUGCCAAGAGCUGAUUUUCAUUCUCAAACGCUGCAGAAUCUUGAACAGUGGACUUUCCUGAUAAUCUGUCAAAAAAUGACAUAUUUAUGUGAGUAGAUACUCAUUUUCAGCAGAAUUUUGUUCUGUUUUCACCAUAAUUAACAAAAUGCUUUCGUGGAUAUAUCUGUAAAGAAUUAUUGAGAAACAUUACAAUAUUACAAACUGAUCUUUAAAAACAGGAACUUUGUAGGUAUUAGGUGGUAAGUGUACCUGCUUUAAAUGGCACUAACAACUUGUUUUCUCCAAAAACUUAAUUUGGAAGAGCAUCUUCUGGAUGCCACAAAAAUUAUUUCAGUCCAUCAGAGAAGCAUUUGUAUUAUUCUUGUGCCUUUUGUCUCGUUUUUCCAUAGUCGUCAUUUUCUGGUAAAUAAACAUUGUGUGCUUGAACGUCAGUCUAACAUUAUGGAUGUCUGUUUACAAAGUUACUGUUUUUGUUUUAGGAAUGAGGCUUAAUGAAUGGAUGGGACUUUUGCUUUGUGGUGGUAUUGUUGUGCCUUAGGGAAAUUAGCUGUAAGUUGUGCAUCUUAUUAAAGGACAAACAAGUUAACAUUUUUAAUGGACAUUUUAAAAAGUCACUGUUAAUAAUCUGUGAUUCAAAUUAUAUAAUUGAAAUAGCCCAUCAACUAAUGAAAAGAAUUAUAUAGUAACAAAUAGUUCUUCGAUCUCAUAAAAUUGUUACGUGGAAAAUAAUUGUUUUUAAACAGUUUUUUUGCUAUGCUGUAUAUAGCAAAACCAUAAAUUGUGUAUAAAAAGGUUUAUACAACUUUUUAAACUCAGCUUUUUGAUAAAAUUGAAUUUUUAUGUAAAGGUGCUUAUAAAUAACAUAAAAUCAACUUAUUUCAUUAUUAGACAUAGCCAGUUUUAUUAUAUUUAUUUGAAAACAAUAUUUAAAUUUUUAAAACUGAAGAUUUUUUAAAAUUUUGUACCAUGACUUUUUUUAUUGCCCAAUUAUAAAAACAUAAUGUUGCUCAUAGGAUUUUUUAAAAAAAAUUGUUAUAAUAAUGUAGUAAUAUAAGAAACAAUAAAAGCUCUACAACAUUCAUUUGUACUUCUGACAGCUUGUUGGUCAACAGGCUGCUGAGAUUUCUUCUACAUACAGACCUUAAAGAUAUAUUUAUGCACAGUAAUCCUCUACAUUUUGAUUUAAUUCUGAUUUUUUUUUUCAAAAAAGUAAUAAAUCUCUACCUGGGUCUUAUAUUCUGGCAGCACAAGAGCAGGCCUUAUUUUCUUAAGCAGUAUUCUCCACCAGCAAAAGGUUGAACUCUAGCCCAUUAAAAACCUAUGCAUCUUAACUAUAUACAGUAAAUGUCAGUGAUGUUUGCUAAAUGCACAAAGUGAGAAGUAGUAAAAACCUACACAUUCUCAGGCUGAUGCAAUAUCACUACUUGAUAAUGUUGCAGUGCUAUUCAGAAAAUAGGCUUUAUAACUCCCAUCAGUUAACUUUCAUAAUAGGGCAUUAUAGGAGUAUCAUAUAGCAAAAGUAAGAUCUUGUUUGAACACUUGUUUUCAAAGUGAUGUGGAGAUAUUUGCUAGCUUGUUUUAUUGUUGUGAGUAUAGUUAUCUUUGCUAGAAGUAUUUGAAUACUUGAUAAAACUAAUUUUUUUAAACGUGUUUGGUAAGGCGGGCUGGUGUAUUUUUUUUCUGAAAAUGGAGCAUUUUACAAAGAUUGGUAGAACAGAGUUAGAAUGUGAUACAACUACACAUUACAUGUCAGCCACCUCCACCAGUAACAGUGCCUUGUCAUUCCACAGUUUUCAAAUUUAGUAUUUAUUUUGGGGUUGUGAUAUCAUUUGUAUGAAAUUCUGCUAAUACAUCAGUUUGCAAAAUUUCAAAAGGAAGUUGUUUUAGGUGCUUCUAUGCUUUUAAAAAUAUUGUUUAGUCGUGUAAAUCUGCACAUUUUCACUGAAUCUAAUCUUAGUUACAUUGUGUGUAUGAAGAAUUAUCCUUCAUAUUUUCACUACAACUAUUGUAGUAAAAAUGUAGACUAUGUCAUUUGUGAAAUGGGGUGCAUAGAAUUAAAAGGCUUCACAGUAUUUAAAUCGGAAUGAUCAAUUUUAAUCAUGUGUUGAGUUUUAAUUUUUUUUGUUUUUACCUCCAUUUAUUACUUGAAAAUUUUAUGUUGUAAUAUAGUCUGGGAUGUUUCCUUGCAACAAUAGACGUAGACAUGCUUAUUUUUAUUUUAUUUUCAAAAUUUUCUGUAUAAGUGGUGAAACUGCAAGGUAAAACUGUACUGUACUUCAAAUGUAUGUAACCAUAAACAAGUGUUUUUUCUAAUGGUAUAGGAUUUAAGUCAAAGCUGCCAGUUGUAUAUUUUAAAGUUUCAUAACUCACCUUGUUAUUUCCUGUGUGUCUUCCUUAAAGCGCUAAAUAUAUUGACAUGCUUGGAAUGUGUUCCUCUGAAUUUGUAACCACACAUGGGAAUAGAUUGAAUUCUGUAAUCAUAAGUUGGUCAACAACUGAAAUUUUAUACUUGUUCUUUUUAAAAUAUUGACAAUUUGAAAUAAAUCUUCUUAAAUAUUCUGCUUUAAUAUUGCAUUGAGUCCUAGUCACAACUGAUAUU